UAUUGUUUAAGAGCUCAAGGAUGUCUGGCGUUGGGUACACGGUGUCCCUGAUGCAGCCAGAGGAGAAACUACAACUGAACGGGAUGAAAAGGAAAACUAGAGGAACAAUUUUUCACUCCUGUUUCACCAUCCAGACCUAAGACCAUGUUUAAACUGUCCAACUGUGUCUGUCUCUGCUGGAUCUCUGUGUCCGUCUUUCUGUGUGGAUGUGAAGCCUUUACUUCCAACAUUUCAACUGAGAAUCAGCUUCCAAAAGUGACUGUUGUUCAAGACGAGGAGGAUACAUUUCUCCAGCUGAGAGCCAGCCUACCGUCGUUCUCGCAGCCGAUCCGUCCAUACACUCUGCUGACACACACUGAAGAUUAUCACUACCUGCCCAAACCCAGACAUCGCCGGCCUUCUCACCUUCUGCGUCUCCUGGGAUCCUCUUUUGACCCAUUCUGGAUGUCCGUAGAGCAGCCACCCGAGGCCUCUGGGGGUCACCGUGAUGCCCGAUCUUUGUUGCAUGGAGACACACUGCCUAUCAAAUUACCCACCAGCAAAGAGAAGUCAACGCUAAGUUUUUCUUCAGAGCUCAGAGAGGCUGCAGCAAACCAUCACCUGACGCUGGAGAAGGAAGCUGCAGGUCUGGAUUUCGGUUCUCUGCCCUCGGAUGUCGCCAGUGCAGUUCGAUCCUGGCUGGUGAGCUCUGCCACAUGUGAAUUAUACUACCAAUGGAUGGAUCUGGGCCCAGCUUUCUGGCCUCGUUGGCUGCGUCAGACUGAUUGUGAAAGAGGAAACAGAGUGCAACGUUGCUCCUUUCCCAGCGGGAUGGAGUGUGUGAGAGCUCAGACAACACACAUAAAUAUUCUGGCUUGGCACUGCCAGGAAAUCAGAGAUGGAGGCAAUGGAUCCAGAAAGAUUAAGGGUGAAGGGUAUAAAGGCAGCACUGAAGCGAGGACAGGUGAAGCAAUGAAAAGGUGUUUAUGGAGGCAAGUGCCAUAUUCUGUGGUCACAGCAUGUACAUGUUCAUGUAAAUGAAUGUUUUUAUCACCAGAACCUCAGUUUUUCAGUCCUCAUCUGCAGCUGGGUUUCUAUACGCCUAAUAUCUAUUUCAUGUAUACUUGAUUGCAAGCAGGGAGUUAACAGUCCAACUACAGUCCUCUUUUUAUGGAAGCAGCUGCAAAGUUAGGUGGACAUGCAGUGAUGAUGUACUGUGUAGGAUCCCUGUUCACUCUGUGUCUCUAUUCUCAAAUAUUUAGACCUUUCUGUCACAAGCUUGGCUCUAACAGUCAAAUAAACGUUUGAUAUCAGUAAUGCUAAUCUGUCAUCCCUGCAGUAGUCCCAUGUUUCUUGUGGGUUGUGCUACAUUCAUAUCACGUGGGAAAUUGAUGUAUGGGUUUUUUCAGUGUGUUUUUACUGCAGCGUUUUCAACUCUUUUUUCUAUUUUUGCAAUUUUGUUUCACGUGCAAGUUUAGGUUUUUACAGCAAACAAAUUAUUAUGUUAACCCCAAAUAAAAGAUCAA